AUGAAUAAUACGGCCGAUAAUGACGGUGCCUUUGUCCCUUCGCUCACCCUGGACCGCAGGCUCGAGAUUCCAGAUCAAAAGAAACACUACCUUGAUUCUCUCCUCCGCUUGCUGGACGCUCUGAUUUUUCUCCAUCUGGGUAUCCUCUAUAUCUGCGACAAUCUUACAUUCCUCCUCGUCCUGCGCGCUCUGAACCAAGUGGUUCAUGUCCAGCAUCGGCCCGCGACUAUUACACCUGUCAUCGUUGUAAACCUCAUCUGUGUCGUGACACAUCUCCUACAGAGCAGGUCGGGGACUAAGCGACUCCAUGGAGGCAUUAUCGUCGAUUUCGUUGGGGAAAUUCCAAGAUCGAGGACAUAUGUGCUGAUAUUGGACCUGAUACUCUUUUCACUGCAAUUGGUUAUGCUCGUGGCUGGUCAUGAGAGGCAAAUUGCUUCAGGAGAGGUCCCCGCGCUCCAAGAGUCACAGCCACAGGACCUGGAGUCCGAAGAAGCCGGGCAGUUGAGGUCACGUGCCCAAGAGCAAGUGGACGUGCCUGAGGAAGGGAUCGAGCUGCAAAGUCUUUUGCCCGAAGGGUCGGGGGAAGACGGUGCAACGCAUCAGAAACAAGACGAAGUGACACAAGAUGACGACAUGAUAUUGUUGGAUUUGAAGAAGGGCGUCAAGGCCUUAUUCAGCAGACCGAUGCCAGUGGCUUCGCCUACCGCGAUUGAAAAUGCUCAAGCUCGUGCAAGCGUUGCUGCGUUUUUGAGACUCGCAGCCGCAAGAGCAAGGGCGGGCUGA